CGCGCGCCGCGCCGUGCGAUGCUGAGCCGCGCUGGCGCGGCGCUGCCAGCCGGGGCGGCGUCCAGGCGGCGGGCCCGGGGUCUCGCGGCCGUGCAGCUGCGCCGCGGGCCGCCGCUCGGCAGGAGGUGGGCCGCCGCCGCGGGCGCGCCGCGGGUGCUGGAGGGGCUGCGGGUGCUGGAGCUGGCCAGCGUGCUGGCGGGGCCGACGGUGGGCCAGUUCCUCGGCGAGCUGGGCGCCGACGUCGUGAAGGUGGAGAACCUGUCCCGGAGGGCCACGGGACGGUCCUGGAAGCUGACCCAGGAGCCGCCCGAGGCCGCCGGCGGUGUCACGGCCUACUUCUCGAGGGAAGCGCUCGGUAGCCGUGGACGCGCGGCGCCCGGAGGGCCUCGAGCUGCUGCGCGGCCUGGCCAAAGCGUCGGACGUGGUGCUGGCGAGCUACAAGCCGGGGGACGCGCGGAAGCUCGGGCUCGACGCCGAGAGCCUGAGGCCCACGGGAAGGGCGUUUGUGGCCACCUCCUCCUCCUCCUCCUCUUCCUCCUCCUCCUCCUCCUCGUCUUUCUCCUCCUCGUCCUCUUCCACGUCGUCGUCGUCCUUCUCCUCGUCGUCGUCGUCGUCUUCCUCCUCUU